AUCCCUGCGGAAUUCGACGACCGUGAUAUUUCUGUGAUGAGAGAAUGUGCUGUUAAUGCAAAUUUGAUAGAUGAUAUGAAUAGCCAGAAUUUAAUAUUUAUGACAGAGCCCGAGGCAGCGGCAGUGCAUUGCAUUGAUACACUAAGGGAGCAUGAACUAGAUGUUGGUUCUACGUAUAUGAUAGUAGAUUGUGGAGGUGGUACUGUCGACUUGACUGUUCGAGAACUUUUAGUAAGCAAAAAUUUGAGCGAAUUAACCGAACGUUCUGGUGAUUUCUGUGGUAGUACUUUUAUCGAUCGCGAAUUUCUUGAAUUUCUGGGCCAAAAGAUUGGUAAAUCUAGUUUAGAAUAUUUAACCGAAAAUCAUUACUCUUAUCUUCAAAAUCUGAUCCAAGAAAAAGAAUUCAUGGAAAAAGAGCAAUGGUUAAUUGAACCGAAGUUUGAAGAUGUAAAAGAAAUGUUUGAUCCAGUCAUAACUAAAAUAAUCACUUUAAUAUAUGGUCAAUUAAGUGCUUGUAGAAAUUGUUCUGCUAUGUUUUUAGUUGGAGGUUUUAGUGAGUCGGAAUAUUUACAGAUGAGAAUUAAAGAAGAAUUCAAACAAAAAGUAAAUAUUAUUUCUGUUCCGACUCAACCAAUAACUGCAAUUUUAAAGGGUGCUGUUAAAUUUGGACUCAAAGAGAACAUUAUAUUAGAUAGAGUACUAAAGUGGACUUAUGCUACUAGGGGCGCUCAGGUCUCCAUAAACGAAAAAGUUACAAGAACUUUUAUCCCAGCAUCAUUGGACCAAAAACAAAUGGCAUUUGAUAUUUAUGUGACAUCGAAAAUCGAUGCUAAAUAUUGUGAUGAAGAUGGAGUUGAAUUGCUUGGAAAGUUUUUAAUUGAUUUACCCAAUGAGGGGGAUUAUAAUGAUAAGACUUUUCUACUCACUUUAGAAUUUGGCAAGGUUGAGCUUUUAGUUACCGCCGAGAAUAAAUCUACUAGGCAAAAACUUAAAACAAUAUUUGAAUUGGAUAUAUAA